CCGCAUAUCAUCGAUUCUGCAAAUGUCAGUUGUCAAUAAACUGUCAAAACUGUCAAAUCGUACGAUUACUUGUGUUUUUUUAAGAGAACAUCGGCGAAUUUUCUAAAAUACCAUAAAAUUAACGAAAAUGCCGCCUGUAAACACCGAUUUUAUGCCACAAGAUGGUUCGAAUGAUUGGAGGGACGCUGCUCACAGUACAGGAACUUCCAUUAUGGCAUCUGAAUUCGACGGUGGGGUUGUCAUUGGAGCCGAUUCACGUACAACCACAGGGGCUUACAUCGCAAACAGGGUGUCCGAUAAACUAACGAGAGUAACCGAUCACAUUUACUGCUGCCGGUCCGGUUCAGCUGCUGAUACGGAGGCCAUCGCCGACAUCGUAGGCUACCAUUUGAACUUCCACGGGAUGGAACUGGGCGAAGAGCCGAGCGUGGAAGUGGGAGCGGCCAUAUUCAAGGAGCUGUGUUACAACUACAGGGACUCCUUGAUGGCCGGGAUACUCGUGGCCGGCUGGGAUAAGAAGAAAGGGGGCCAGAUAUAUUCGAUACCGAUCGGGGGGAUGUGCGUGAGACAGGAGGUGUCUAUCGGUGGGUCCGGUUCGAGCUACGUGUACGGUUACAUGGACGCCAAUUACAAGCCGAAAAUGUCUAAAGAGGAUUGCGUUAAAUUCGUAACUAAUACUUUGGCUCUUGCGAUGUCUCGAGAUGGUUCUUCUGGUGGUGUAAUCAGAUUAGGGAUCAUUACGGAGGAAGGUAUAGAACGUAGGGUUGUAUUAGGUAAUGAAUUGCCUAAAUUUUACGAGGGCUAAAAUUUACAAUGAAUACUAAUAUCUCUUAAAUGUAUCAAAUAAAACGUUUUUCUAAUGAUAA